UAGUCACUGCUUGACACAUUUUGGUCCGCAACGAGUUUAGACCCCUCCGUUAUCACAAUUUGUGCCCAGUUUCAGUGCAGUAUGAAGUUCAGAGUAAAAGCCAGCUUUCUGUAGUACAGCUUCGCUUAUGUAUCGCUUUACGGUACGUGGCAACUAAGGCUGCAGUGGUGCGCCGAUGGCACACCGGCGGGCGUGAACAAGCGAACCUGGCUGGCACACGGUCGGAGUUUUUGUUGGCGAUCGCAGGCCAGACAGUGCAGAUUUAAGCAGAACUAGCCCAUUUCAUCGGCGAUUCGGAAGCACGUGCGCUGGUGAAGGGGACGGUUGGUACGAUGGCAGGUGAUGGAUGUCCGAAAGGGCUCUGAGAAAUAUGACAUGUACGGAAGGUGCCGUACUUCCCAUUGGAUGCAGGUCCUUAAAGGGGGGAGGAAUGCUUCUUGGCUCCCCCGGUAAAGAAGAAGUUUGUGUGCCAUCCGUCGCCGGUGCACACACUGGCCGCAUUCCACCCCGUGAAGGACGUUGUAGCGUGCGACCUGCUGCACAUGGUGUACGGCACCAUCAUGCCCACGAUCUUGCAGCAGCGCAACAAGCAUCAGCACGUCCUCAGUAGCAUCAAGGCAGGGCAGUUGGACGCCACGGCAUUCAAUCUGCCCGCCAGCACGCACCUGAAGGAAUUCGUCGCCGGGUCGGCGAAUCUUUUCCGGCCAGGGCAGCAAGAUCAGGAACAUCAAGGCACCAGUUACCACUGCCACAUGCUGCUCUAUCUGGCUCGUGAGGCUAAAGAGCACGGCGUGCUGAGUAUGGGCGCCUUUGAGCAGCACAUAGCCAAGUGCACUGGCCUCGGGGCCGUUAAAGACGAUAAUGUGGAUGUGUUGAAAGAUGUGGUGGAGAAGGUGCGCCGCAUUGAGCGAGAGCGACAACCAUCCCGCGAUGUCCCCGUUCCGCUACAAUUUGCCAAAACGACUACCCAAGGCCGCUACCCAAGGCCGUAUGCAUGAAGCCACACUUGCAAUUAGUUGGAGCGCGUGUCGUCCAAAGCAGUCCUACCGCUAAGUACCAUGGCCUGUCCGUCCCUCAAGAAUUCGCAUCAAAGCGGGACAGCAUACGCCGUUGGCUGCCAACGUCUCAUACUUCUUGGCGAAGGACAUUCGCGCCAAGAUGGUAUGCAUGGAGCAUCAGAACGAGUUCCCAUGUUGGACAUGGAUCACGCCGACCUUUAAGGUAAGAGCCCACGCGGGGUGAAACCGGGCUGGUGGCUCAAUCAUCAUCACACGCUUCCCUUUCUCACUCCUCUUGCAGAUGCCGUCCCCGCGGAAGUACCGUCCACUGCCACCCAAACCAUCUGUCGGGAAUGGUUUCUACACGUUCGUGGGCUAGAAUCGUCCGCAACACCGCUGGACACUCCUCUCCUGCCGUUGGCGGGUGCGAUGGAAACGGAUUCAACGCACCACCGUACGCGUCUACACCUUAAUCCAACUCCGACUUCCCGCGUCCGCGUCAGCGUGCGAAAACCUCACACUGAUCGAGCACUGCGAUCGCUCGGAGUUACGGACGGAUUGUACGAUACGCGCAACGAUAUCGCUGUUCGGAACACUCGAGCCUCGUCCAUCGUUUGCUCCCCGUAACCCAAACGAACUGUGGGGGAAAUAAAGAACGACCGCUAUCCAACUGAUGGCGAACACGGAACAGACGCUUCUUGCGGGUUACUUGCACACACGGGUUCCGAACAUACAAAGGAUUCUUCGUCCGGUCCGGUUCGGUGACCGGAUUGGAUGCUCACAGGGUAGGUACUUGGUUACAAAAACCGGCGCGUUUCAGUUCCGGACGGAGCGGUCGGAGUAGUUUUCGUGGUGACGAGGGUGUGCGCUCAGCACCGCAGGCCUGGUUCUGCAGGAUGCCAGGAUGUGUCCAGUGCACUGUCCGGUCAC